UCCUCCUGUUCGGCACUCCAGCGCAUCUCCAGCUCCACCAUGGCUCUCAAGGUCGCAGUUCUCCUAGCAGCGUGCCUGGCAGCAGCCCAGGGCGGCUACCUCCACGGCCUGGACCACGGCGCCUCCUACGCGCCCGCCUACAGCAGCUACAGCAGCGGCCUGGGCCUGGGGCUCGGCGGCUACAGCUCAUUGCACUCAUCACCCGUCAUCUCCAGCUACAGCAGCCCCCUGGUGCACAGCGCCCCCAUCAUCAAGGCAGCCCCUAUCAUCCACAGCGCCCCCAUCCUCAGGGCUGCCCCUAUCGUCCACAGCGCACCUGUCAUCAGGGUCGCCCCCAUCGUGCACAGCGCUCCCAUCAUCAGAGCCCUGCCCAGCUACAGCAGCUACGGCCACGGCUACAGCAGCUACAGCAGCCCUGUCGUCAGGGUCCUGCCUAGCUACAGCAGCUACAGCGCGCCCAUCGUCAGAGCCCUGCCCAGCUACAGCAGCUACGGCCACGGCUACAGUAGCUACAGCAGCCCCGUCAUCAGGGCCCUGCCCAGCUACAGCAGCUACAGUGAGCCCCUGCUGCACAGCGAGCCACUCAUCCACAGCAGCCCCAUCCUUCGUGCCUCCUCAGUCUGGUAGCGGGGCGAACCCAGGCAC